AUGCGGGCGGCGGCGGCGGACCCGGGGCACCGCCCGGGCUCAGCAGCGGGCAGCGGCUCCUGGCUCCUGCCGCUGGCGGCGGCGCUGGCGCUGCUGCUCACGCUGGUGGUGCGGCAGCUGCUGAAGCAGCGGCGGCCCCCCGGCUUCCCGCCCGGCCCCGCGGGGCUGCCGCUCCUCGGCAACAUCCCCGCGCUGGGCGCGGAGCAGCCGCACAUCUACAUGCGGCGGCAGAGCCAGAUCCACGGGCAGAUCUUCAGUCUUGACCUUGGAGGUAUAUCUGCUGUUGUACUGAAUGGCUAUGAUGCAGUGAAAGAAUGCCUCGUUCAUCAAAGUGAAAUCUUUGCAGAUAGGCCGUCUCUUCCCUUGUUUAAGAAGCUGACAAACAUGGGAGGCUUACUGAACAGUAAAUAUGGCAGAGGAUGGACAGAACAUCGCAAAUUAGCUGUAAAUACCUUUCGAACUUUUGGAUAUGGUCAAAGGUCCUUUGAACACAAAAUUUCAGAAGAAUCUGUGUUUUUUCUUGAUGCCAUUGAUACAUACAAAGGCAGACCGUUUGAUCUUAAGCACUUGAUAACAAAUGCUGUUUCAAACAUUACUAAUUUGAUUAUUUUUGGAGAACGUUUUACUUAUGAAGAUACUGAAUUUCAGCACAUGAUUGAGAUUUUUAGUGAAAACAUUGAAUUAGCUGCUAGUGCUUCUGUAUUUUUAUAUAAUGCUUUUCCUUGGAUUGGUAUUUUGCCAUUUGGGAAACACCAGCAGCUGUUUAGAAAUGCAGCUGAAGUUUAUGACUUUCUUCAUGAUCUCAUUGAACGUGUCUCUGAAAAUAGGAAGCCUCAAUCACCUCGACAUUUUGUAGAUGCAUAUUUAGAUGAGAUGGAUUGCAAUGAAAAUGAUCCAGAAUCUACAUAUUCAAGAGAAAAUUUAAUUUUCUCUGUUGGAGAACUCAUCAUAGCUGGAACAGAAACCACGACAAAUGUUUUAAGAUGGGCAGUGUUAUUUAUGGCUCUUUAUCCAAACAUUCAAGGCCAAGUUCAAAAAGAGGUCGACCUAGUCAUUGGCCCAAACAAAAUGCCCACCUUGGAAGAGAAAUGCAAGAUGCCAUACACUGAGGCUGUUCUACAUGAGGUUCUGAGGUUCUGUAACAUAGUUCCACUCGGGAUUUUUCAUGCAACUUCCAAAGAUACUGUUGUGCGUGGUUACUCAAUUCCUGAAGGCACCACAGUCAUUACAAACCUCUACUCCGUUCACUUUGAUGAAAAAUACUGGAGCAAUCCAGAAGUGUUUUUUCCUGAGAGAUUUUUGGACAGCAAUGGGCAGUUUGUCAAGAAAGAUGCAUUUAUUCCUUUUUCACUAGGAAGAAGACAUUGUCUUGGAGAACAACUAGCUCGGAUGGAAAUGUUCCUGUUUUUUACUUCAUUACUACAACGAUUUCACCUGCAUUUCCCUCAUGGCGUCAUUCCAGACCUCAAACCAAGAUUAGGAAUGACAUUACAACCACAGCCUUACCUCAUCUGCGCGGAGAGACGGUGAAGAGAAGGGUCAGGAUUGUCAGGUGGAGCACAGUGCUCCAAGCUGCAGCUCAAGAUCCACUUUGCCUUAUAUUUCUAAACACGUUCAUGCCAGAAGGCCAGCUUAAGGGACUUGCAGAUAAAUUCUGGCUGUUUAUGCACAAAUAAAUAAUUUCUUUUUAUUUGGUUUUCACAGAAAAAAGUGUGGAACACAUCCUGUGUAAAACUGAUGUUUUCACUACAUGGGUCUAUUUUAAAUCUAACUUCUGCUAUGGUUUUUAUAUAUUUAAUUACUUAGCAAAUCAUUUUACUUUGAGAGGAUAUUUUUAUAAACAUGGAGAAUAUGGUUCAAAAUGUUUCUACUUGAAUUCAUCCAUGGAAAUCUCAUUUACAUUAUUCCAACUAAGCUGUUCUUUAUAAUUCUCCUUUAAGUUUUCAUAGCUAAAAACGUUUAAAAGACAUCUAUUUAAAUUUCUGUAACCAAGAAUAAACUAUCUUUUCCAGCCUUGACAGAUUGUCUA